AUGCGAAGAUACGAGAUAUGUUCCGCUGUCCAGGCGUUGAUAUUCUUCAAUUUACUCGGAAACGCAGCAGUGUCUGCCAAAAAUCUUCACCCACAAACCCCCGCAAACCCUGAGGGGGUGAAGACAAUAUUGUCUCCAUCUGGCGUGCAAAUUAGAUAUAAGGAACCGGGCAGCGAUGGAGUAUGCGAAACCACUCCAGGAGUCAAGUCCUACUCUGGCUAUGUUGACCUCGAUGAACACUCGCACAUGUUCUUCUGGUUCUUCGAAGCGAGACAUGAUCCCGCCAAUGCACCUGUCACUCUGUUUCUUAACGGUGGACCUGGGAGUGAUUCAAUGAUCGGCCUAUUUCAAGAACUCGGCGCGUGCAAUGUGACAGAAGAUCUUGAAACAAGGCUAAACCCGUAUGCCUGGAAUGAGGUUUCUAAUAUGCUAUUUCUCUCACAGCCCUUGGGAGUCGGAUUUUCGUACGCAACUACCCAAUUUGGAUCGAUGAACAAUAUCACGGGCGAUAUUGAACCAGAGACUGUUGCUGGUGUGCAGGGCCGAUUCGCAGAAGCCAGUGGUCAUCCAAUGAUUGAUACCACUGACAAGGCCGCCGUAAUGGUCUGGGACGUGUUGCAAGGGUUUUACAGUGCCAUACCGCAGCUUGAUUCGAAGAUCAAAUCCCGAAGUUUUAACUUGUGGACUGAAAGUUAUGGGGGACACUAUGGCCCCUCUUUUUUGAAGUACUUCCGCAAGCAAAAUCAGCUGAUUGCGAACGGGACUACCGAUGGCAUCCAGCUCGAGUUCAAUACCCUUGGUAUCAUAAAUGGGCUGGUAGAUGCUGAGAUACAGUUCCCAUAUUACCCGGAAUUUGCAGUAAAUAACACCUACGGGAUCAAGCCGCUUAACCAAAGCACAGUGGACUAUAUGAAAUUCUCACAGAUCCGGGAGGGGGGAUGCGCGGAUAGCAUAUCUGCAUGCAAGCAGAUGAAUAGGACUGGUAUCAUUGCCCACGCCACUUGUGCUGAUGCCCUGUCUAUAUGUCGAAGCACUGUUGAGGCUCCCUGGUAUACCUCUUCAGACCGCGGCGUCUAUGACAUUCGCCAUCCACACGACGACCCCACCCCUCCAACCCAUUUCAUAAACUACCUAAACCAACCACACAUCCAAAACGCCCUAGGCGUGAACCUCAACUACACCAGCGCAGAAAACAUGCACAUCUUCGCCGCCUUCAUGCUCACGGGCGACUUGGUCCAGCCCGUCUUCCUCAACUAUCUUGCCGAGCUGCUGGAUUCGCACGUCCGCGUCGCGCUCAUCUACGGCGACGCCGAUUACAUCUCGAACUGGUUUGGCGGGGAGGCGGUGUCCUUGCAGGUAGAGUAUUCGGGGGCAGAGCAGUUCAGGAGGGCUGGUUAUGCGCCGUUCAUGGUGGGGGAUAAAGAGUAUGGCGCGACGAGGGAGUAUGGGAAUUUUUCGUUUACGAGGGUGUAUGAUGCGGGGCAUAAGGUGCCGUACUACCAACCCCUCGCCUCCCUCCACCUCUUCAACCGCAGCUUAACCGGCACGGACCUCUCAACAGGCCAGGUGCGCAUCGACGCCACAUACAGCACAGCCGGCAGCGAGAAGUCCACGCACCUACAAUAUACACCGCCGUCCAAGGAUGGAGGUGGGCAGGUGAGCAGUUCUGCAAAUGCGCUCGCGGCGGAAAGUUUUGGGGUUGUAUGGAGUCAUGUUGUUGUUAUUGCUGUUGUUGUGGGGUUGUUGGUGUAA